GUUUCUACACAAACGUGUGAUUGAGACUCAUAUGAGUUGAGCUGCAGCAGAGCCGCUGAUGAUCUGAUGCUCUGCUCCACGCGCUUGAAAAAGCCUUUGAAAGUGAACGUAAAGUAGCACAGCCGCCGUUCACAAGCAAAAAUGGGAGUUGGGGAUGGACGGGACCAGUAUGAGCUGGCGGCAACGUCAGAGCAAGGAGCAAAGAAAAAGAACAAAAACAAGAAGAAGGAAAAAGAUAUGGAUGAACUGAAAAAGGAAGUGGAUUUGGAUGAUCACAAACUGACUUUGGAAGAGCUCCACCGUAAAUAUGGUACAGACUUGAGCAGAGGUCUCACAAGUGCUCGUGCAGCAGAGAUUCUGGCCCGUGAUGGACCUAAUGCCCUCACUCCACCUCCAACCACCCCAGAGUGGGUGAAGUUCUGUAAGCAGAUGUUUGGAGGUUUCUCCAUGCUGUUGUGGACUGGUGCCGUUCUCUGCUUUCUUGCGUAUGGCAUUCAGGCUGCAAUGGAAGAUGAGCCAGCUAAUGACAAUCUGUAUUUGGGAGUUGUGCUAUCAGCUGUGGUGAUCAUCACUGGAUGUUUCUCAUACUAUCAAGAGGCUAAGAGCUCAAAAAUUAUGGACUCCUUCAAGAAUUUGGUUCCCCAGCAAGCAUUGGUUGUCCGUGAUGGGGAGAAGAGCCAUAUCAAUGCUGAAGAUGUGGUGGUUGGUGAUCUGGUGGAGGUAAAAGGUGGUGACAGGAUCCCUGCUGACCUGAGAAUCAUAGCCUCACAUGGCUGCAAGGUGGAUAACUCCUCUCUGACUGGAGAAUCAGAGCCUCAGACACGGUCCCCGGACUUCUCAAAUGAUAAUCCUCUAGAGACCAGGAAUAUUGCUUUCUUCUCCACCAACUGUGUAGAAGGUACUGCACGUGGCAUCGUCAUCAGCACCGGAGACCAUACAGUCAUGGGCCGAAUCGCGACACUUGCAUCUGGACUAGAGGUCGGGCGCACCCCCAUCUCCAUUGAGAUUGAGCACUUCAUCCACAUCAUCACAGGCGUGGCUGUCUUCCUGGGCGUCUCUUUCUUUAUUCUGUCUCUCGUUCUUGGUUACUCCUGGUUGGAAGCUGUUAUCUUUCUUAUUGGCAUCAUUGUGGCCAAUGUGCCUGAAGGCCUUCUUGCUACAGUCACGGUUUGUCUCACCCUCACAGCGAAACGCAUGGCUAAGAAAAACUGUUUGGUUAAGAACCUUGAGGCUGUUGAAACACUGGGCUCAACCUCAACCAUCUGUUCUGAUAAAACUGGCACAUUAACGCAGAAUCGCAUGACCGUAGCCCACAUGUGGUUUGAUAACCAGAUCCAUGAGGCUGACACCACAGAGAAUCAGAGCGGGACAUCCUUUGACCGCAGCUCGGCCACCUGGGCAUCAUUGGCUCGUGUUGCUGGGCUCUGCAACAGGGCUGUGUUCCUGGCAGAGCAGACAGAUGUGCCAAUUCUAAAGAGAGAUGUUGCUGGGGAUGCGUCUGAAUCUGCACUGUUGAAAUGCAUUGAGCUUUGCUGUGGAUCAGUGAAAGAAAUGAGAGACAACUACACCAAAGUGGCAGAAAUCCCUUUCAAUUCGACAAACAAAUAUCAGCUGUCAGUGCACAAUAACCCAAAUGGUGGCACAGAGUCUAAACACCUGCUAGUGAUGAAAGGAGCCCCAGAGAGAAUCCUGGACCGCUGUGCUACUAUAUUGAUGCAAGGCAAGGAGCAACCUUUGGAUGAUGAAAUGAAAGAAUCCUUUCAGAAUGCUUAUCUGGAGCUCGGGGGACUUGGAGAAAGAGUUUUAGGAUUCUGUCAUUUCUACCUCCCUGAUGAACAGUUUCCAGAAGGCUUCCAGUUUGAUACGGAGGAUGUAAAUUUCCCUACUGAGAAUCUGUGCUUUGUGGGUCUGAUGUCAAUGAUCGACCCUCCACGUGCUGCUGUACCUGAUGCUGUGGGCAAAUGCAGAAGUGCAGGAAUCAAGGUUAUCAUGGUAACCGGUGACCAUCCAAUCACUGCCAAAGCCAUAGCAAAGGGUGUUGGGAUUAUUUCUGAGGGUAAUGAGACUGUGGAAGACAUUGCUGCUCGCUUGAAUAUCCCUGUCAAUGAGGUCAAUCCCAGAGAUGCAAAGGCAUGUGUGGUUCACGGUGGAGACCUGAAGGACCUCACAGCUGAACAGCUAGAUGACAUUCUGAAGUACCACACAGAAAUUGUGUUUGCCAGAACAUCACCACAGCAGAAACUGAUUAUUGUUGAGGGGUGUCAGCGACAGGGAGCCAUAGUGGCUGUAACAGGGGAUGGUGUGAAUGAUUCUCCAGCACUGAAGAAGGCUGAUAUUGGUGUUGCUAUGGGCAUUGCUGGCUCAGACGUGUCCAAACAGGCUGCUGACAUGAUCCUCCUGGAUGACAACUUUGCCUCAAUUGUCACAGGCGUAGAGGAAGGCCGUCUGAUCUUUGACAACUUGAAGAAGUCCAUUGCUUACACCCUGACCAGUAACAUCCCUGAGAUCACACCCUUCCUGUUCUUCAUUAUCGCCAACAUCCCCUUGCCUCUAGGAACUGUGACCAUUCUGUGUAUCGACCUGGGAACAGACAUGGCCCCUGCUAUUUCUCUGGCAUACGAGGCUGCUGAGAGUGAUAUCAUGAAGAGACAGCCCAGAAACCCUAAAACAGACAAGCUGGUGAAUGAAAGACUUAUUAGCAUUGCAUAUGGCCAGAUAGGUAUGAUUCAGGCUCUCGCUGGAUUUUUCACAUACUUUGUCAUUCUUGCUGAAAAUGGCUUUUUACCGUCAAGACUACUAGGAAUUCGUGUAUAUUGGGAUGACAAGCAUAUUAAUGAUCUGGAGGACAGUUAUGGGCAACAGUGGACAUACGAACAGAGAAAGAUUGUGGAGUUCACGUGCCACACAGCGUUCUUCGCCAGCAUUGUGGUCGUGCAGUGGGCUGAUCUGAUUAUCUGUAAGACCAGACGUAAUUCUGUCUUCCAGCAGGGAAUGAAGAACAAAAUCCUGAUCUUUGGAUUGUUCGAGGAAACAGCACUGGCGGCUUUCUUGUCUUAUUGCCCUGGCAUGGAUGUGGCUCUCAGAAUGUACCCGCUCAAGCCCAACUGGUGGUUCUGUGCCUUCCCGUACUCUCUUCUCAUCUUUAUUUAUGAUGAAAUCAGAAAGCUCAUCCUUAGACGGAACCCCGGAGGUUGGGUGGAAAGAGAGACGUACUACUAGACGUCUAUAGUGUUAGAACUACUUCAGUGUGUUAUCUUUGUGGCGUUACAGUAGAUUUGCUAUUCUGAAUUUAACCUGUAAAUUUUAAAAUAUUUUUAUAUAGAAUAGUUGCAGUACUAAAAUCCUGCUGCCAUGCUUAAGAUAGACUUGAAAAAAAGUUUUUAAUUGUGUAACUUGAAUAAACUGUCAAUUUGACUAAAAUGUGGUCUCAUUCAAUAACUUGAUGUUGUUGCUGAUCUGUACUACGUAUCCUAGUGUAAUUCAUAGAAGUUCAUUUUUACCUGUGUAUAAAUGUAUCCUUCUAAAUUUAAAUGUUUUAAGAAACACAUAGAAUAUACUUGACAGAAGCAGUGCAAAAAAUAAGAGACAGAACGAGGAUAGGUAGAAUUUGUUUUUUUUUUCAUUUAACUUGCUCACUGGAUGGUUCUUUCAAGAUGGCUAAGAGCCUAGUAACCAGAAUAAUAGAAUCAUGUUGGCAUGGAUACAGCAGUAGUCCUAAACUAUUUCAUUCAGAAUUGAAGGAACAGAAUGUGCCUCUAUUUUCCUCUCUGUCCUUCAUUCAUUUAGAGGCCACUGGAAUGUUAAGCCACUCUCUGCUUUUUGUUAUCCUGCAGUGGUGUUUCCGUUGAUUUGGCGCAAUACAUUCACCAAAAGUUAAGCAAACCACUCAUUUUCCCACGUAAGAUAAUUCAACUACUUUUCUAACUGCCUCAUAAAUCGUGACUGUAUUGUACUAUGUGCUGUAUGAUUCGUUUUCAGUAUGAGCAACAUGAAAUGGCAGUGACACAUUUCCCCUUUCAACUUCUCGAUCAAUACUAUUCAGCCCACUGUAGAUUGUGAUUCAUCAAUAUAUUAGUGCGUAGUGCAUGCUAUUCUUUUUUUUUUUCCUUUCUUUCUUUUUUUGGCAGUCAAAUAAAAUGCUAAAAUGAUCUCAGUCAGACUUUGUUGUGAAUGUAAGUAACAACUCAUUUUGGCAUAUUCAGUCUAACAGAAACAGUAGUUGAAUAUAAACUGUAAAGCUUAUAUUUUGUUAAGAAUUUUGUUGGGUAUCAAGGUCAUGUCUCUGUAAGCAAGGAAAAAUACAACAAAUAUAUGUGAACAGAUUUAUAUUUAUGUACCCGUACUGAUUAAAAAUGUUAUGACUCUCAUAGGGAUUU